GGUUUCCCGACCGACCCUAUAUAUAAUCGCCGACCCUAAUUGAUUUUUUUCCAUCGUUAGAAAUUCGGGAGUCACGCGUUGGUACGUUUAACUUUUAUAUUCAUCUUAAUCGGUCAAGCGUUUGAAAUCGAAAUCGAAAGUGAAAAAAAACAUGGCGUCGGUAUCAACAUCCACAUGUUCUCUGGAGUUCGAAGAAUGUGCUCACAUAAAACAAAUGAAGUUGAUCUCGGCAUUGCCGAAUAACAUGACAUUUAUACAGGCGUUUGAACGAUAUCAUGGGGGGAAUGAAAAGGUUCCCCAUUUCGAAGUGCGAGGCAAGCAGCAUGGAGGCAAAGAUAGUUUUGACAUUACCCCAGGUUUGACCAUCGGUGAAGUUAUAUCCUCGUUUGACAUUCGGUGCUUCGAAUUCAAGUGCUUACCAUCUGAACACGACGAAAUUAAACAAAUGAUUACCGAAGCAGCUUCAAACGCAACCAAAACUGCAAGCAAUGCCUUUCAAAUUCUUAUGGCUGGGGGCAGGGGUUAUCCUAACAAAAAGGCAACAAGUAGUGGGAUGAAAGCUGGUGUGAACAAAAAGGAUGAGAUGUACAACAUGUUGGUUGAUGAUUUCGUAAAGAAAAACCUUAGCUUUGCAAAAUGUACAGCUAAUACUGAUGGAUCUUACUUCAUACAGGUUACUUUGUCAGGAAGGUGCUGUGCAAUGCCCUUUGGUACUUGACAAACCAACACUCAGUUAUUGAUGAAGCAUCUCGACAUAAAAAGAAUAUACAGCCAGUUCCAGAUGUGUUUUCCAAAUAUGAAGGAUUUAAUGACUUGAA